ACGCUCUAUGUACGCCUUUGUGAACUCGUGAAGAUUUAACACUUCAUACCGUUCUUCAACUUCUUAGCUGAAAAGUGUCGCUUAGGGCGAACUGUAUGAUUUAGGAAUGAGUUUAGGCAUGGGUUUGGAUUCAUCAAAACCAAACCAAUCAGAUAUUCACGGAACACAACUGGCUCUUUGCACGACAACUUACCGGUCAUUUCAUUUGAAAGGCGAACCAAUUCCUCCACCCUUUACCGUCUUGAAGGAACUAAAGCAUUCAGGCCCAUUAGGAACUGAUCAAAUGAUGAAGGUAACAGCCUGUGCCUUUUCUCCGAACGACGAUACAAGUUUGCUGUCACUUACAACAUUUGCUGGCCUUGAUUUGAGACAUUUUCGAGCAGGAUUUGUUCAAUGUUGGGACCUCGAUAGCCUCGAGGAAACCCAUGAUAACAGCCUGUUCACGUACUCACCGCGUCCCGUUUGCAAUUUUUCGCCAAAUGGGGAGAUUUUGUCGUUUAUUUUAAACACAGGUCACGGACAAAUUAUUUUGGCUGAGCACACAGACGAUUGUACUCUAGAACCGUUCACAAUUGACUGUGAUACAGGUGGAUAUGGCGAUAGAAGUCUUCUGUCCAGAGCUUUAUGUUGCGUGUUUUCUCCGGACGGCCGCAAAGCCGUGACAGUGAGCAAUGUUACGCUAGAAUCUCACAGAGGUACUGAAACAAAUGAAAUUUGCCUAUGGCAAGUGAAGUCCAAGAAAAAGCUAAAAAGUUCAUGGAGAGUCAGUUGUGAAGUUGUUUUUCCAGGAUUUUCCGGUCACUUGAUCAGCUGUGUCUUUUCACCAGACAGCUCCCUUGUUGCAUUUUCCAGUUCCUUGAGUCAGCUAUAUGUUCUGAAAAGUGAAAAUUUAGAGUUGCUGUCUGCCAUUAGGACUGAUGUUGCAAGAAAUGCUUGCAGUUGUUCUUUUGUUCCCUGUUUUCCAUUUCAAAAGCUUGCAGCCUGCUAUGAGGAUGGUGUUUUUCAGAUCUGGUAUAUUCAAGAUGGUAACACUAAAUGUGUAACAGAAACAAAGAUUGUGACAGGUUCAACUAAGUUGACAGCAUUUUCAUACAGUGCAGAUGGUGCCUUAUUAGCCUUUGGUACUUCACAAGGAAAAGUUAUUGUAACUGAAACAGAACUGUUACAGACUCUUUAUGAGAUAAGUUCAAUACAUGUACCUGAUGCCAGGCUAGACUCUGUUUCUAAUGAGUCAAGCACAACCAUUGUGUGUUCUGUUGCCUUUGCAAGGAGCUGUAAUGAACUGGCCAUUGGACAGAGUGAUGGCUUAGUUCGGAUCUGGCAGUUGCCUCUAAAAUUUGAACUGCAACAUUUAUGUCGUUUAGUGAUUAAUGGGUUGGUUCCACCAGCACAAGUGACACAUCUGCCCUUACCAAGAAACUUAAAAGCUUAUCUAUUAUUUUCACCUCUUGCUAGUACAAGAGUAAAUGAAUGUUCUUGAAGAUCCGAAGCAAAUUGUAGCCAUUAAAGAGACCACUAAGACACAGAGACUCUAUGGUGAGGGGGCCCAUACCAUCUUUCCUAUUCUAUUCACAAACAUGAUGCUAUCGAUAUUGCUGAUCCUAGCAGUACACAGGACGUGUGUCAUAUGUACCUCAUAAUAGGUGUCGCUCACUCACCAUAGAGUCUCUGUGGCUCAGUGGUAAAGCAUUGGAGCAUGGCCUGAGGUUCUUGUGGU